AUGGCAACUUGGUCUACUGAAAGCGCCACCAAAGCUUUCCUCCAAACACUCAAAAUGGGGAAGAGGGGAAAAGAGCCAAGUAGUGCUGAAUUCAUUGCAGCACUAGCAGCAGGCAACAAUGCACAACUCAUGGUGGUUGUCUGCGCCGACACUGUCGGAUUAUCCACUGUCAUAGCUUUAGGUGCUGCGGCAAAAGAGACUGGUGGCCAUGCAGUGUGCAUUCUGCCGGGGACGAAGGAGCUGAAUGCUUCCCGGAACAUUUUGGGAAGUACUGUUUACGAGGAAUUCGUGGAGUUCGUUGUGGGAGAUGCUCAGUCUUUGUUGAUGGAAGAGUACUUCCAAGAUGCAGAUUUCGUGCUUGUUGAUUGCAGAAUGCGUGAUCUUAAAUAUGUUAUGGAAGCCGGGCAAAGGUGCUUGAGUGGUUGCAAGAGAAAUGCAUGUCUUGUUGCCUACAAUGCCCUUCACUGUGUCAAUAAUGUUCCACAGGUAAAUAAUAGUUUUAAAGUUCAUUUUCUACCAAUUGGGGAGGGUUUGUUGAUGGUGAGUAGAGUUUCAUCAUCAACAAAUUCAUCGUUUUCAAAGGGAAGUAAGAAUCACGGGGCUCAAAAAAAGAGCCGUUGGGUUGUGAAAGUUGAUCAGUUCACAGGUGAGGAACAUGUUUACAGAAUCACUGUAUGA